AUGUACGCACCAGGAGAGGAUCUAAAGAGACACUUGAUCGUGCCUCCUUCGUCUUCUCCGCUGUCAUCAAGUCUGACUGCCAGCAACUCAACAAGUUCAGUCUCCGCUCCCUUUAACAUUGAUACUGUACACGAUCAACAAGGCUCCUACGACAAGGCUAAGAAGCGCAAGAUGAAGACCGAUACACCAACUCAAACGCCCGCGUUUGAGUCGGCACACGUAGAUGAAAUCAAGAGUAAUAGUACUCCGCUUGAUGGCGUUUUCAAGAUCGAAGACUUCAUUAAUCAGCACAAAGAUGCACACCAAGCUCAGGUGCUCGUCCGCGAAGCAAAGAAUGCGGCUUCUGCUGGUCCUCCAUCGAAGAAGACUAAGAACAAUGAGAACGUCGCUUCUCUAAAGCCCGUGGCAGUGGGUGCGCGUUCAUCCAAGCAUACCAUCCUUCUUCAUGAAAAGUAUCAGGCGCUCGGCAUUCCGCAACCGGUGUUCACGUAUGGAGGGAGCGGCGAGACUGGAUGGACUGUCUCUGUUAGCUUUCCUGGUCUAGACAAUGCCGAUGAGCUACAAGGCCUGAGCGCAGAUAAGAAAUUCAACAGCAAACAGGAGGCUAAAGAAGCCAUGAGCCAGAAGGCAUUAACAGUACUUGAGGGGUUAGAGAAAGAGGGGAGAAUCCAGAAGGCGGAGAAGAGUAAGAAGAAGAGUGCUGGUAGUCAGCCUGUGCAGCAGGUCAAGGAGGAAAAGGAGCCUGGUGAGAACUAUGUUGGUCAGAUUCUCGAAUUUCAGCGCGCCACCGACUCACCCCAGCCAACCUAUACUGACUACCAAUCCGGUCAGCGCUUUGCCUGCAUCCUCACCAUUGAAGGCUUGGACAUGGAGUUCGGUUCCAUCAACAACCUCUUUUCUUCCAAGAAAGCUGCGCGUCGAGACGCCGCCCGUCAUGCCGUAGAGUACUUCAAGUCCAUUGGCACAUGGCCUGAGGAGGUGACUCUUGUGGGCGGUAUCAAGAAGAAAAAAGCCCAACCGAGUAUUCCCGACGUGAUAUCAAUAUCAGAACCAGACCUUGUUCCUUCUCUAGCAUCUACAUCAACAGCCUCCCCUGGUACUAAGAGCUAUGCUCAACAAGUUGCCAGUCUAGCAGUCAUACUCGCUCUCCCGACACCAGAAUGGCAAUACACUUCUCAUCCCGAAGAUCCCAACUUCCAUACUGUGACAUGCUUCUUCCGCGGCGCAGGCCCCCACGAAGGACCCAUCGGCGAAGUCCGCAACAUAUAUGGCAAGAAGAAAGCCAAGGAAGAGUGUGCUAGACUCACACUGGAGUACCUGAAGGACGUCAGGGAGAAGCGUGUUGCUUACGGUGCGGAGAUGAUGAAAGGCAUUGCUGGCGCUGAGGGUGUGCUUGCUGCUGCGGCUGGCAAGCCGGUUGAGGGAGAGGGGAAAAAUGCAAAAAAGGACGCGAUGGCUAGGAUGGGGUUCGAGAAUAAGAUGGAGGAGAGCAGUGAGGAAGAUGACGUGUUUGCUGAUGCACUAGAGGCUUAG